GCGAAGCCCAGAAUGCUUCUGAAAUAUGUAUUUUGUAUCAUAAUUUUGAUGAUAGGACCCAUACACCCACUUGCAUCAGCACAAUAUUCGAACACGACAGAACCUGAUUGUGAUUCGAGAUGUGGAACGGUAACAAUUCCUUAUCCAUUUGGUAUAAAAGAUCCCAAAUGCUACGCAGACAAGUGGUUUGAAAUAGAAUGCAGAAGCACUUCUACGGGUCAAACACCGUACCUGAAAUCACCAAACGUUGAAGUCACAUCCAUUGAUCCAAUGAAUAGCAAGGUUUGGAUCAUGAAUCCAGUUUUCCAUUGGAAUUGCCAAAACACCAAAGAUUCAGAACCAGUCAUAGACCUUAAAGGAACCCCUUUCGUGUAUUCCAAGGAUGAUAACAAAUUCACAGCCAUUGGUUGCAAUAAGAUAGCGUUUUUGCAAUCGAAUGGGUCAGAAGUUAGCGGUUGUGUGUCCCUUUGUGACAGGUACGACGAUGAAGAAGUUAACAAUAACGUUGCUUUUGGAGUCGAUGGUUGUGUUGGGAGGUUUUGCUGUGAGACUUCAUUACCAUCCUUUCUUUCAGAGUUUAACGUAACGCUUGAGAAUGUAAGAGAGAAAAAUGUGAGUGAUGGGUGUAGCCAUGCCCUGAUUGGAACAGAGUAUUGGUACAGAGUACCCUUUGGGUCAAGUUACGAGGAUCGAAGUUUUCGUGACUUGGGUGUGAAUUAUGUUCCUGCGGUGCUUGAUUGGGUGGUUCUGAACUCGUCUCUGAAACGCCCUACUGAAGGUGCCAACUGCACUAACGUUGCUUCUUCACAAAACAGACCUGAAGGUUGGAGAUGCGAGUGUUACACAGGGUUUUAUGGCAAUCCCUACAUUACUGGAAGCUGUAUAGCUAUUGAUGGUUCCUCUGAUAGUAAAACUCGAGCGAAAUGGGCUAUAGUAGGAGUUUCGUCGAGUCUUGGAUCCUUCAUUAUACUCCUUGGUAUUUGGUGGUUGUACAAAGUUUUAAGAAAAAGAAUGAUACAGAAACGCAAGGAAAAAUUCUUCAAACAAAACGGUGGUUUGUUGUUACAACAAAGAAUGUCUUCUACUGAAGUUAGAGUCGAAAAAGUUAAACUGUUCAGCUUAAAUGACUUAGAAAAAGCCACUGACCACUUCAAUACAAACAGAAUAAUAGGAAAAGGAGGUCAAGGUACCGUUUACAAGGGAAUGUUAGUAGAUGGACAAAUUAUUGCAGUGAAAAAAUUCAAAGUGGAAGGAAAGGUUGAAGAGUUUGUGAAUGAGUUUGUCAUUCUUUCACAAAUUAACCAUCGAAAUGUGGUUAAGUUGUUAGGUUGUUGUUUGGAGGCAGAGAUUCCCUUGCUUGUGUAUGAAUUCAUUCCCAAUGGUAACCUUUCUAAAUAUUUGCAUGACCAAAGUGAAGACUUAGCACUUACAUGGGAUAUGCGCUUGAGAAUUGCCACUGAAAUUGCUGGAGCUUUAUUUUACUUACACUCAGUUGCAUCUCAACCCAUUUAUCAUAGGGACAUAAAAUCAACAAAUAUACUAUUAGAUGAAAAGUAUAGAGCAAAAGUGGCAGACUUUGGAACCUCUAGAAUAAUUUCCACUGAGGCUACACACCUCACCACAGUAGUUCAAGGUACUUUUGGGUACUUAGAUCCUGAAUAUUUUCAUACUAGUCAAUUCACAGAGAAAAGUGAUGUCUACAGUUUUGGAGUAGUUCUCGUUGAACUUUUGACCGGAGAAAGGGCAAUAUCCUCGGUGAGAUCACAUGAGGCCAAGAGUUUGGUUUCAUAUUUCAAUAUUUCUAUGGAGAAAAAUUGUCUGUUUGACAUUAUUGACAAAAAAGUCAUGAAGGAAGGGAAGAAAGAACAUAUCAUUGCUGUUGCUAAUCUUGCAAAUAGAUGCUUGGAAUUGAAUGGGAAAAAACGACCAACUAUGAAAGAAGUGACAUUUGAAUUAGAAGGAAUUCGGAAAUUGGAUAAGAAAUCUAGUGUAGAGCAAAACCACGAAGAAAUUGAGCUUGCUGGAGUUGAAGACUACCAAAAUUGGACUGGAUAUUCUACAUCAAAUUCAUUUCCAACACUAGGCAGUGUUUCAGACUCGGAGGUUAUACCUAUUGUUACAUUAAAAUGAUAUAUUGGUGCCUCUUCUUAAUUAUGUUCUUCACAUGAAGAACAUAAUCGUUUGAUGAUUAGAAAUAUUUAUUGUUGAUGAGAAUAAUUUAUUACAACGAAGCAUGACAGAGAACUUGUCCUGAAAGGAUGCUAGACAUCUCUUCGAUUCUGAUGGAACUAGCUUAGCAGUUUUAUUUUUUUUUUGUUCUUUUUCUUUAUUUAAUGUAUUGACUAUUGAAAUAUGUACAUUGUAAUAUUUCUGAGUUAAAAUCUCAAAAUAUAUCUAUUUUUUAUUUUGCUUC